GUUCUUGAGCCUACAGAAGAAGACAUCAGAUUGUUGUUAGCAGCUAGUUGUCAUUUGGGUACUCAAAAUGUAGAUUCUAAAAUGAAGUCCUAUAUCUUUACUCGUCGCCCAGAUGGUAUACAUUUGAUCAAUAUUGCCAAAACAUGGGAGAAACUUGUAUUGGCAGCUCGCAUGUUGGUCACAGUUAAAAAUCCUCAAGACAUUUACAUUAUUUCUUCUGGUGUCAAGGGAUUUCGCCCUGCUGCUAAACUUGCGCAUUAUGUUGGUGCCAAAUCAAACCAAGGUCGUUUUGUGCCUGGUACAUUGACAAAUUCAUUGCAAGAGCCUCUUGUCUUGGUCUGUCUAGAUCCUUUCAUUGAUUUCCAAGCUAUCAAAGAAAGUAGUUAUUGCAAUGUACCUGUCAUUGCUUUCUGUAACUCUCAUUCUUCUCUCAGGUUUGUGGAUAUGGCUAUUCCUUGUAACAAUAUAGGUACUUAUUCUAUUGGUGUCAUGGCUUGGUUACUGGCACGUACAAUACUUCGUUUGCGUGGCCAAUUGAGCUAUACAGAACCAUGGAGUGUGAUUCCUGAUAUGUUCUUUUAUUCUGAACAAGUUGUUGAUGAAGAAGAAGUACAAGAGCAGACUCGCUUUGAUAGUCAGGGAAACUGGGCUGCUGAGCAAGACUGGAGUACU